AUGCCCUCAAAUCCAAAGUUCUCAUCGGGUAAUGAUGAACGACGGACGCAUCGCUUACUUUGGUGUGCUGCCAUCAUCUGCACCAUCCUCACCUUAGCAGUCAUCAUCGCCGGCAUUAUUACCUUCUUAGGAUACGUAGUUAUACAUCCCAGGGUGCCUUACGUUAGCGUCAUAAACGCUCGCCUAGACCGGAUACAGCUUGAUUAUGCGGGUGUUCUGGAAAUUCAGGUGACGGUAGUAAUUCGAGCUCAGAAUGGGAACGAAAAGUCGCAUGCCAGCUUCUCACAUUCGGGUUACAUUCUUAGCUUGAAUGGGGAAGACGUGGCGAAGUUGAUUGCACCACCCUUUGAAGUAAGUAAGAAUAGUUCGGUUGAUUUUAAUUAUGAUGUUCAAUCUUUACCCAUACCCUUAGAUCCUGAACAAGCAGAGGAUGUGGAGGUGGCUUUGAAGACAGAUUUGGUUACAUUCGAUUUAAAAGGAAGCACCAGGGUGAGAUGGAGAGUAGGCCCUCUUGGGUCGAUUAGGUUCUUGUGCCGUCUCAAUUGCAAGUUGCGUUUCCAUCCUUUGAAUCGAACCUACAUUCCUUCACGUUGUACUUCCAAGGCCAAAUAA